UCUCUCUUCCACAUCCCAAGUCGCCCAAGAAAAUUUAUAGCAAUCGUCUCCACCAACUUGCCAUCUUUUAUCCUCAUUCAUAAUAAUAAAUAAGCCGACGAACCACCUGUAUACUACCUUCUUUUCCUCUUCUUCCAUUGCGACAAUUCUUCUCAUUUCCCAUAGCUCCGUCCUCUCCACCUCUUAGCCAUCAUGAUGUUGGCCUCCAGAUUCUCCAGAGCUCUUCCUCGAGCAACUCCCGUAGCUGCGCGAUGGGCUGCGCCUCUGCGAAAGCCUUUAGGAUCUAGCUUCGCUCGAUAUGAGUCGACGGAAGGAAAAGUUCAAGGUGCCGUCAUCGGUAUCGAUCUUGGUACCACAAACUCGGCGGUUGCUGUUAUGGAGGGCAAGGUGCCCAGGAUAAUUGAGAACGCAGAAGGUGCUCGAACAACACCCUCUGUUGUUGCUUUCGCACAAGACGGCGAACGAUUAGUUGGUGUCGCUGCUAAGCGACAGGCUGUCGUCAACCCUGAGAAUACACUCUUUGCCACUAAGCGAUUAAUCGGACGAAAGUUCACUGAUCCCGAGGUUCAAAGAGAUAUCAAGGAGGUUCCUUACAAGAUUGUUCAACACACCAAUGGCGAUGCUUGGGUCGAGGCUCGAGGCCAGAAAUACUCUCCGUCGCAGAUCGGUGGCUUCAUCCUUAACAAGAUGAAGGAAACCGCUGAGGCCUAUCUGGGCAGGCCAGCUAAGAACGCUGUCGUUACCGUGCCCGCCUACUUCAACGACUCGCAGCGUCAAGCCACCAAGGAUGCCGGUCAGAUUGCUGGUCUUAACGUUCUCCGAGUUGUCAACGAACCCACUGCCGCUGCUCUAGCUUACGGUCUCGAAAAAGAGGCCGACAAAAUUGUUGCUGUGUACGAUCUCGGUGGUGGUACUUUCGAUAUCUCGGUUUUGGAGAUCCAGAACGGUGUCUUCGAGGUCAAGUCGACAAACGGUGACACUCACUUGGGUGGUGAAGAUUUCGAUAUUCACCUAGUCCGUCACAUCGUCCAGCAGUUCAAGAACGACUCCGGUAUUGACUUGUCUAACGACCGAAUGGCCAUCCAGCGAAUCCGAGAAGCUGCUGAGAAGGCCAAGAUUGAGCUGUCUUCAUCUCUCCAGACCGAUAUCAGCCUGCCUUUCAUCACUGCCGAUGCUUCCGGCCCCAAGCACAUUAACACUAAGAUGACUCGAUCCCAGCUUGAGAGCAUGAUGGACCCCUUAAUCAAGAAGACCACCGAACCCGUGCGCAAGGCCCUUAAGGACGCUGGCCUACAGGCCAAGGAUAUCCAGGAGGUUAUCCUUGUCGGUGGUAUGACUCGUAUGCCUAAGGUUGCCGAGUCGGUUAAGAGCAUCUUCGGUCGUGAUCCCGCUAAGUCUGUCAACCCUGACGAGGCUGUUGCCAUUGGUGCUGCUAUCCAGGGUGCCGUUCUGUCUGGUGAGGUCAAGGAUCUUCUGCUUCUGGAUGUCACACCUCUUUCCCUCGGUAUUGAGACCCUCGGUGGUGUGUUCACCCGAUUAAUCAACCGAAACACCACUAUUCCCACCAAGAAGUCCCAGGUCUUCUCUACUGCCGCCGACUUCCAGACUGCUGUCGAGAUCAAGGUGUACCAGGGCGAGCGUGAAUUGGUUAAGGAUAACAAGCUUCUUGGUAACUUCCAGCUAGUUGGCAUUCCCCCGGCGCACCGUGGUGUUCCUCAAGUCGAGGUCACAUUCGACAUUGACGCCGACUCUAUUGUCCACGUUCACGCCAAGGACAAGAGCACCAACAAGGACCAGUCCAUCACCAUCGCUUCCGGCUCUGGUCUGUCCGACUCUGAGAUCGAGCGGAUGGUCCAGGACUCUGAGAAAUACGCCGAGGAAGACAAGGAGCGCAAGGCCGCUAUUGAGUCUGCCAACCGCGCCGAUAGCGUCCUAAACGACACCGAGAAGGCCCUCAACGAGUUUGCCGACAGACUUGACAAGACCGAGGCCGACGGAAUCCGGGAGAAGAUCACUUCUCUACGGGAAUUCGUGAGCAAGAGCCAGUCCGGCGAGGGUACCGCUACCGCCGCCGAGAUCAAGGAGAAGACCGAUGAGCUGCAGAUGGCUAGCUUAAACCUCUUCGACAAGAUGCACAAGGCCCGCUCUGAGUCCGGCGAGUCCGGCAGCUCCGAGGCUGGCUCUUCGGAGGCCAAGCCUGAGGAUGAGAAGAAGCCUUAAAUAGCCUGUUGUAGGCAGAGCAUUCUCGAUUUACACUAAUUACCCUCGAGGCGGAAAUUAUUACGAGCUUUUCAGUGCUCUACUACUGUACAUUAACCUGUACUCAUAUUUACCGCCCCCUAAAAAGUUUCCGCCUGCCAUUACAUUACCCCUUUACUACCCCCUACUACUACCACCCACUUACUUACUCCUCGGCGGUGCCUUCAUGAAUUUGCGGGCGGGAGCGGCGUUCUGAGAUCUGGGGAAAGCUAUACUCUUUUUUUAUACAUUUUAACUCCACGCUGAAGAUAUGUCUCAUGUUUUCACGUCGGUUUCUGGUGACACAAAGGGCAUUACAUGGGCAGGCGGGCUCCGGCUGGAGCAAUGUAUAUAGGACGUUACGACACGACUAAGGACAAAAUAAUAAAAUAACAUCCCCUCUCAUGAUUUGAUUUGUAGAUUCCA